AUGCCCCAAAACGAAAACCUUAGUAUUAGAGGUGAUAAUGAAAAUGUGAAAUUUUGGUAAUUACAAGAUUAGUAUUUUUGUUAAUAGAUCAUAAAUGAACAUAAAAUGCCUAUAAUUGGUUUAUCAAUAAGCCCAGAUGGAAGAAAAAUAAUUUCAAUUGGAGCAGAUAAAAAUCUUUUAUGUAAUGGCAGAUUCAGAAAAGAAAUUUGGUAAUUCCUUUUGAAGAUUUAAUUUAAUGGAUUAUUUACUUCGGAUUUGUUUUAUCACUAAUUAGAUUUUUACUUUCAAUCAUCUAAAUCAUAUACAGGAACUAAAAAUUUAUUGAUAUUCAAAAUGGCUAUGAAUUAGAAAUUUUAGAUUGCCAAAAAUAUAUCUUUAUAAGGAAAGGGUCAACCUGAUUUAGGGGAUUGCCAACCUAUUUAUGUUACUUCUAAGCAAAUAUUAAUUAUCAAAAAUGGUUAUUUCAUAAAUAUUAUAAGAUUUAUUCUAUACAAUCCUUAAUUUAAAGGAUUAGAUGGGGAAUUCAACUAUUAGUUAGAAUAAUCAAUUAAUUUUGGUUAUGAUUGUGUAUAUGGAACAAUUAGUCAUGAUGGACAAUUCUUAAUUACUUGGGAUUAUAAAUCUCAUGAGACUUAAAUAAAAAAUAUUAUCUGA